GAAGCUUUUCUUUAGAAGUGGAGACUCUCCAAACUGACAGGACUACACAACAGACCAAGGAGAGACAACACACAUUUCUAGGAUUACUUCUUGAGGAAUAUUCUACUCGAAAACUCACACUAACUUCACACAGUGUUUUUUCACACAAGCUUCAAAGUAUCUUUAAAGUACCAUCAGUUGUUUUUGGACUAGUUGGGCUGUGGACUGUCCUAUUCACCGUCUUGAGUCACUCUGACUGCCUGGACCAUUUUACGUUUCUAUAAACAGUUUUUGAAGACUAUUCUACACUAGGACUACCCUACCUCUUAUUGCCAUGGCGAACAGCUGUCUCCAGCUCAGCGGUUUUUUGAUGAGUUGUAUCGGCUGGGUCGGGAUCCUUAUCGCCACGGCCACCAAUGACUGGGUAAUGACGUGUAAAUACGGCAUGAACACCUGCAAGAAGAUGGACGAGUUAGGAGCUAAAGGCCUGUGGGCUGAAUGUGUCAUAUCAACCCCACUCUAUCACUGUAUAUCACUGACACAGAUAUUGGACCUACCGGCAUACAUCCAGACGUCGAGGGCGUUGAUGAUAACUGGAUCCCUCCUGGGGCUGCCUGCAGCGGGGAUGGUCCUAACAGCCAUGCCCUGCAUCUCUCUGGGGGACGAGCCUCAGUCAGCCAAGAACAAACGAUCCCUACUUGGGGGGGUUCUCAUACUGCUAGUGGCUCUGUGUGGGGGGGUGUCGACAGUAUGGUUUCCUAUCGGAGCCCACCAGGACCAGGGACUCAUGUCGUUUGGGUUCAGCCUGUACGCUGGCUGGGUGGGCACGGCCUUCUGUCUCCUGGGAGGGGCCAUGAUCACCUGCUGUUCUACUGAACCGUCCCAACACUACAAUCACCAUGACAACAACAGGUUCUACUACUCCAAAGGACAGGGGCCUGGCAACCCUGUUCCACCCUCCACUAACCACGCCAAGAGUGCCCAUGUUUAGACACACAUGAAGUACAUGCAUGCACACACACACACACAUGCACACACACACACACACAGACACACACCAGUGUUGAGUAACUCAGAGUGACGUCUAACCUGGUGCCUGAAGAGAAACCAAGGGGUCCUGAUCGAGACAACCCUGCUCUGAUGAAGGACUUAUUUUCAUAUCUUUGUUCUACAAUGAAGGCUAGGGUUAGGGUUAGAGUUCUUUAUUUUACAAUGAAGGCUAGGGUUAGGGUUCUUUGUUCUACAAUGAAGGCUAGGGUUAGGGUUCUUUGUUCUACAAUGAAGGCUAGGGUUAGGGUUCUUUGUUCUACAAUGAAGGCUAGGGUUAGGGUUCUUUGUUCUACAAUGAAGGCUAGGAAUAGGGUUCUUUGUUCUACAAUGAAGGCUAGGGUUAGGGUUAGGGUUAGGGUUCUUUGUUCUACAAUGAAGGCUAGGGUUAGGAUUCUUUGUUCUACAAUGAAGACUAGGGUUAGGGUUAGGGUUAGGGUUCUUUGUUUUACAAUGAAGGCUAGGGUUAGGGUUAGGGUUAGGGUUAGG